AUGUUCAGAUUACUGAUCCCGUGCCUGAUAUGGCUGUCGAGCGUUCGCUCGGAGACGAGCGUGAGCAUGCACAUGCCGGAGGGCAUGAUGGAGGACAAAGCGGCGAUGAAAAGGGAGUCGUACUAUAACCCGUGCCCUCCGACGUACGCGCACCCGAUCUCGUACUCGCCGCCACCGCAGAUUUACGUGAAACCGUACGUUCAGCAGGCCCCGUUACAGUACAUCCCUAAACCGAGCAUCACCUACGUGAAACCGUCUCCACCCCCCGUGAUCGUGCCGCCCGUCGUCAAGCCAGCCCCGGUGAUCGUGAAACCGAUCGCCCAGCCGAAAGUGGUCUACCCGAUCUACCAGAAACCCAUGAUAUCGUACGCGCCUAUCUACCAGAAGCCCGUCUACUACGCGCCCAUGUACCAGAAGCUCAUGUACCAGGCGCCCAAGGUUUACCUGAAGAAAUACGAAUUGCCUGCGAUCACCCAAGUGAUCACCGCCCAGAAAUCGCACGUCUCCUACCCGAUCCAGUAUCACGAGCCGAAGGUGGUCCAAGUGCCCGCGCCCCAGAUCAAUUACGUGAAGCUCGCCCAACCGAUCGUCCAUUCCCCGCCUGUCUACCAAUCGGCCAUAAAACCGUACUGCCCCUAA